ACAGAGCGAGGAAAGUAGGACGCUCUGCUCCAGAGUGGUCAACAAGCCGCACGCGUCUCAGCUCACGCCGCUUUGUGGUUCAGUCCUUUACCAAGUGGCGGAGGAUGAAGGCGCUUUUGGUUCUGCUGCUCCUCGCCCUGCUGCAGGACGCGGCCUUCGCUGCCGAGGAGUCCUGCGCGAACCGCUGCGGCACCUUCGAUCAGCAGCGGAAGUGUCAGUGCGACUCCAUGUGCGUCUACUACGGGAGCUGCUGCUCCGACUUCAACGCCGUCUGUCCCAAAAAGAUAGCACGCGGAGACACCUUUGCUGAAGUGGAGGACGUUUCAACCACCAAAGUGACGGCUACCACCACCUCUCCAGAGGUAGCUACUGCGAUCACGCCGUCCACGACCUCGGCGCCCACCACUGAACUGCCAACGCCCGCCGCCACCACGGCGGCGUCACCCCCCACCACUGCCCCGACACCAACCAUGGACCCUGACGCCGACAAAUGCAGCGGGCGACCUUUCGACGCCUUCCUGCAGCUGAAGAACGGAUCCACCUUUGCAUUCAGAGGUCAGUAUUUCUUUGAGCUGGAUGAAGAUUCGGUGCUUCCUGGUUACCCUAAGCUGAUCCAGGACGUGUGGGGCAUGGCGGGACCCAUCGACGCCGCCUUCACUCGCAUCAACUGCCAGGGGAAGACCUACAUCUUCAAGGGGAGCCAGUACUGGAGGUUCGACGGCGACCUCUUGGAUGAGGACUACCCUCGGGACAUCUCGGUCGGCUUCGACAACGUGCCCAACAACAUCGAUGCGGCGUUUGCGCUACCGGCGCCGAAUCACCGCGGCAGAGAGAGGGCGUACUUCUUCAAAGGUGACCAGUACUACCAGUACGAGUUCAGCCAGCAGCCCUCGCACGCCGAGUGCGUGCAGCUCGUCCCGUCCCUGCUCUUCAGCCGGUACGCCGAGCUCUACGAGCCCAGCUGGGAGUCGCUCCUGUUGGAGCUGUUCGGGGGCCACAGUAGCAGCCAGCUGCAGCGGGGUCGCCUCAUCAGCAGGGACUGGUCCGGGUUCAAGCCUCCAGUGGACGCCGCCAUCGUGGGGCAGGUCUAUCGGGCUCCCAGACCCACGCUGCCGCCGGUGAGGAGGCGUGGGAGCAUGAGGAAGAGGCCCAGCAGGAGGCAGAGGCAGAGGCGCAAGAACGGCUGCAGCCUGUUCUCCAGCGAGUUCAUUCUGGAUUACGACUGGUCCGACUGGAGCCUGGACGACUACGACAGCCCGCCCCUCCUUCCAGACGCCAUGAGCACGCCUGCACAACACGUCUACUUCUUCAAGAAAGCUAACUACUACAGAGUGAAUCUGAAGACCAAGCGAGUGGACCGCGUGAGCCCCCCGUACCCCCGACCCAUCGCCACCUACUGGCUAGGCUGCCAGGAUUGAGGGGCGGCCGACGCUCAGAGGGGAGAAGCAGCGCAAAUAAAAGUCUUUUUCUGGUUUAGAACGCCAUUCAAGUACUUCUGAACAUAUAGACCUGUAACCAUUUCUCCUUAAUAAAUAUCCGAGUGUCAGACGUCUCUGUGACUGACA